AUGCAAAAGAACAUGAAGUUUCCAAACUUCAAUGACAACUGUGAUAUUUUUAAUUAUAAGAAUAUUGAAAAUUUUGAAGGAGCUGACAACUUCAUUCCUCAAAAUAGAUUUAAAGGCAGUAAAAGAAGGCAAACUAUUUAUGGUAUCACCACCUCUAAAGACCAGUCUUCUAGUGGGCGUACCACUGUACGUAGUGUAUAUAGUAUUCAAUACAAUAAUUUUAAUAAUACUAAUGAAGCCAGUAUAAGCAGUACUUAUAACUAUUUGAAUUACUUUCCCAGUAACUUUAGUUUCAGCUUAAAUCCUAAUUUUAAUUCUUCUCCAGAAAGGUAUAAUAUUGAAGAAUUAGCUAAUUAUUCAGAUGCCUAUUCCGUUAAUUCUUCAUCCUCAACAAUGACUAUAAUUAAUUUUUCAGAUACUUCAACGCUUAUUGAUACAGAAUGCCAUAAUCAUAAUCAAGAUAAGGAUACCACAAACUCUACUGAAUCAGAGGUUGAAAUUAAAUCAAAUAUUGACCUUGAAAAAAAUCUGGAAAAAGAAGAAGAAGAGGAAGAGGAAGAAGAUUAUAGUAAUAACAAUAUUAAACCUCAGUUAGGGAUGCUUCCAUGA